AUGGUUCGUCAUAAGAAAGACAAUUUCUCUCGAGGAGGCAAGAAAUCCUCUCACCCCCGCCCGCGACCGGUGCCCCGCGAUGAUGGAGAUGAGGCCGGCGCCGCUUCGUCGCGCCCUGCGUUCAAGGCUGCUUGCUGGGAUAUGGGCCACUGUGACCCUAAGCGAUGCUCUGGAAAACGCCUGAUGAAGUUAGGAUUAAUGCGAGAGCUUCAUAUUGGCCAACGCUUCCCUGGUGUGAUCGUCUCGCCUAAUGCGAAGAAAGUGAUCUCCCCGGCGGAUAAAGAGCUCAUGGAACAACAUGGUGCGGCAGUAGUGGAGUGUUCUUGGGUACGAGUCAAGGAAGUACCUUGGUCGCGAAUUGGAGGAAAAUGCGAACGACUUUUGCCUUACCUCAUCGCUGCGAAUACGGUCAACUACGGCAAACCUUGGAGAUUGAACUGCGUCGAAGCGCUCGCGGCGUGCUUCUGCAUUUGCGGACAUCAGGAAUGGGCGGAACAGAUCUUGAAGAAUUUCAGAUACGGAGAGGCCUUCUUGGAAAUCAAUGCCGAGCUAUUUAAGCUAUAUGCUGCUUGCAGUACCGAAGAGGACAUCAAAAGGACCGAGGAGGAGUGGUUGGCUAAGAUUGAAAAAGAGUACGAGGAUAGUCGGGUUGAGGGAGAGGAUAUCUGGACCGUCGGAAAUACCAAUCGCAUGCCAGCGAACAGAGGCUCGGACGACGAUGAAGAUGACGACGAUGAUGAUGAUGAGAGUGGUGAAGAAGGCAGUGGUGCCGAGGAAGAAAGUGAGGACGAGGAAGAUAAGGAUCCGUUUGCCAUCUCCGACGACUCUGAGGAUGAAGAACAGAUGGCGGAAAUCCGGCGCAAGAUUCUCGAGUCAAAAUCUUUCAAGAACCCGUCAACGUCAGACAAAGAACAACCGGAGAGAAUCGCAAAGCCAGAGCCUACAUACAUCGACUCUGAUGCCGAAUCUGGCUCGGCGGGAAGCGAGGACGGGGAUUUUGACAACAUCAUCAACGCCACCACCGUGACAGACCGUACUGGUAUUAAGGAAAUUCAGCGCCGAAGAGGACAGGAGACCGUCAGUGCUUCAUUUUCUCGGGCUGAGAUAUCUGCGCCGAAGCGAUGGUAA